AUGGCCGCCGCGUUCCGCAGAGACGCGCCGCCGCAGCCGGACUUCUCCCUCCUCAAGAGACUCGCCCGAGACCAACUCAUCUUCCUCCUGGAGCAGCUUCCAGGUAAAAAGGACUUGUUCAUCGAUGCAGAUCUUAUGAGUCCUCUGGAUCGAAUUGCAAACGUCUCCACACUCAAACAACAUGAAGUGGACAAACUGUACAAAGUGGAGCACAAGGCUGUGGUGUCGUCAGCCGAUCAACUGUGUUUCCUGAUCAGACCCAGAAUCCAGACCGUCAAAUGGAUCUGUGAUCUGGUGAAGUCGGACAAAGCUGUGGGACGAGUGCGACGCUACAAAAUCAUCUUCACUCCUCAGAAGUUCUUUGCGUGCGAGGCCAUCUUGGAGGAGCAUGGAGCUUUUGGAGACGUGUCAUGUGACCAGUGGGACUUCCAUCUGUUACCGGUGGACGAUGACAUCAUCAGCCUGGAGCUGCCUGAGUUUUUCACUGAUACUUUUCUGGCAGGGGACCAGCGCUGGGUGAGGACAGUAGGCAGUGCUCUUCAUCUUCUGCAUUCUCUGUUUGGACCCUUUUCCAAAGUCUACGGCAUCGGACGCAUCGCCAAGAUGGUGUAUGAGUCGUUCAGGAUUCAGCUGCAGACAGAGGAGACGAGGACAAGAGGAGAUGCUCAAAUCGGAAAUGUGUUUAUCAUCGACAGAGAUGUUGACCUAGUUACCCCGCUCUGCUCACAAGUUGUGUACGAAGGGCUUGUGGACGACAUCUUCAGGAUCAAAUGUGGAUGUGUGGAGUUCAGCCCCGACGUCACUUCAUCUGAGAAGAGCGUUAAAGUCAUGCUCAAUUCGCAGGACAAGGUUUUUAACGAGAUUCGAAAUGAGCAUUUCUCAAACGUGUUUGGAUUUCUGUCUCAGAAAGCUCGUACGCUGCAGACCGCCUACGACAGGCGUCGGGGAAUGGACAUCAAACAGAUGAAGACUUUUGUUUCUGAGGAGCUGAAGGGACUGAAACAGGAGCAUCGCCUUCUCAGCCUGCACAUCGGGGCGAGCGAGGCAAUGAUGAAGAGAAAAACCAAACAGGACUUUCAGGAGAUGUUGCGAACAGAGCACUCUCUCCUCGAAGGCUUUGAGAUCAGAGAGUGCAUCAACUUCAUUGAGGAACAUAUCAACAGACAGGUUUCUGUGCUGGAGUCUUUGAGGCUGCUGUGUCUGCUGUCACUCACUGAGAACGGACUUUUGCCCAAAGAUCUACGCUCCCUCAAAGCACAGUAUCUGCAGAGUUACGGGUUCGAGCAUCUCCUCACCUUCUCGUCUCUUAGGACGUUGGGUUUGAUUCAAGAGCAGCAGACGACCGAGACUCUGAGCGCUGUGGAAACGAGAGUCCGACUCACCGCAGGGCGUCUGACUGAAGCGUUCUCGUCUUUGGCCAAAAAGAGUAACUUCAGAGCUCUUAGCCGCAGACUCAACCUGGUCCCAAAAUCCGAAGACUACGACCUCCGAGUCCCCAAAGACAUGUCCUAUGUCUUCAGUGGAGCCUACGUCCCCCUGAGCUGUAGGCUCAUAGAACAGGUCCUAGAUAGAGAAGGCUGGUCUGGUUUGGAAGAAGUGACUCGACUUUUAAACAGACACGAGUUCAGCGUCACAGGGAGCACCUCUGGGUCUGAGGGAAGCUCCGGUUUGACAUCUGGAGCUGGAUCUGGACUCGGAUCUACAUCUAGUCCUGGCUUUGGACCAGACUCUCAGAGGCGAGUCCUCGUCCUGUUUUUAGGAGGAUGCACUUUCUCUGAGAUCGCCGCCCUGCGCUUCCUCGCUCGAGAGAGAGGUUACAGAAUUACCACAGUAACCACAGCCAUCACCAAUAGCAGCAGACUGCUGGAGAGUCUGGUCCAGAACAAGGUCUAAAUCUGGCUGUAAACCUGGGUCUAAGCCUGGACUAAACCAGGACUAAACCAGAUUCUAAAUCAGGACUAAACUUGAUUCUUAACCUGGACUAGACCAGGUCAAACCUGGACUGAACCAAGACUGAAGCAGGUGAAAUACAUUAUUUUGUCUGAGAUGGAACAGAAUAAAAGUUUUAUUGUGGCAGUUUUAA